UCAUGACUUUUACGGGUUUCAUGACGGAAAUAUAUUGGAAACGUGGAAUAACUGGACGGGCAACGGGUGGUUGCUUGGCAUUCCAUUUGGAAAUGAAAAUAUGUUUGAUUGGAUACAGCCGUUGGAAUGGAAAUAUGAGAUCGUGAAGCUAGUUAGUGAUAACACUAUGCUUGCUGGUGAUUUAUACGGCACGUGGUGGAUUGAGAAAUACUUGAAAGACAAUUUCACUUCAGUACUGUCGUUGACUUCUUCUUCAGCUAGACUACCAGUUGUGCCUCAGUGUGUCUCAGAGGAAACUGAUUCUCUUUCAUGCAAUUCGACUGACUUACAUUCUAUGGUUGCAUUGGUGGCUACUGUUGCUUUACUGUUGUUACUCUGCUGUGGUGUUUGGAUAUACCAACGGCGAGAAAACAUGCAGCAAGUGAAGAGGGUGAUCACAUCACCCGGUUUAUUGAUCAUUAGUUGUACUGUGUUUGUUUCCAUUGUGACCAGCAUGUGGAUAAUAAUGGGAGAUGACGUUCUCGACUGCGACAACAGAGUCGAUGACUUUCUUGUUACGUUGACCAUUUCUGUCUUUUUUGCUGUGCUGCUUGUACACUUACUCGUGCAACUCACUUCCAGUCAUUUGAUGAAAUUGGUCAUCAAGUGGUUCGGGUUUCUGAUUAUUGUAGCAGUGGCGGUCGUCGUCUCGGCUGUGGCGCAUCUAGAUCAAACUGAGGAGAUCGACGAUGACUCCAACAUUGUCAACCAUUGUUACAAGGAACGAAGGAAAACUGUGUCUGUUGUGUCAUAUCUGUAUGGCACCAUUCUGUGUAUUACAUGCAUUACACUGCUACUACGCAACAUUUGCUCUAAAAAUGGAGAUUACAUUGAAAGUAAUCUUACUUUCAAGACUGUUGCUGCAUUUCUGGCAAUAUUUAUUGGAGUCGUAUACACGGUCUUGGUGAUCGUUCUUGUGUGGAUCGACAGUCAUGACUCGUGUGUUAUAAUGGGACGGAUCUUCAUCGUGUUAGCAUGUUUUCCAAUGAUCGUGUGUUUGAUCAACAUCGUGGUAUUGUUGCUUUCUGAACCAAGCAAUGCUGUUGAUGCAUUCCAUAUGAAGUCUCCAGACAUGGAAUUGGAUAAACCGUAUCCUCGGAGCAGAUCUCAUCUUUAUGUGUUUGAGGGAUUUCCUGAAUUGACUGCAACGAGAGGUGGUACGUUUACAAUAGACCAGGAGUUGUGUGAUGAGAUACAUAAGGUGAUCAUUGAGCCACAGAGAAUCAAGAUUGUAGCGAAUAUAGGAAGUGGCAAUUUUGGACAAGUUUUUAAGGGUAUUCUUGAUGAUAGUACAAAUGUCGCUAUCAAAGCUGUUCAGGAUACCGAGUGUGACAAACAAGUGAAUGACUUUAUUCGUGAGGGUCUACAGAUGCAAGACUUUGAUCAUCCCAAUGUCAUGCAGCUUGUGGGCAUUUGCUGGGCCAAACAGGAGAACGUUGAUCUGAGACCAUUCGCUCCAUUGAUUGUCUUGCCAUACAUGGAACUCGGCGACUUAAAAACAUACUUGAGAAAGAGCAGACCCAGAAGAGAGUCUGACAAGGAAAGUCCCAUCAGUUUGGUCCAGUUGGUCAAGUUUGGGCAUCAAAUUGCAAAGGGAAUGGAAUACCUUGCAGCAGCCGGGAUUGUCCAUCGAGACUUGGCUGCCAGGAACUGCAUGGUUAAUUGGGACUUGGAAGUCAAAGUGGCCGAUUUUGGUUUGUCUCGCUUGAUGACGGGAAAGGAUUAUUAUCGGAUGGGACAGUUCAGUCGUUUGCCGGUCAAAUGGAUGGCACCGGAAUGUUUGACGGAUUUGGUCUUUGCUACGAGUUCGGAUGUGUGGGCUUACGGCAUCACAUUGUGGGAAGUGAUGACACUAGGACAAGUCCCCUACCCUGGAGUCGACAAUCAAGAUGUCCUUUCUUAUCUGAGGAAAGAAAAGCGACUCGAGAAACCACCUGAAUGCCCCAACAGAGUAUACGAUAUCAUGCAGAGAUGUUGGAAAACACACGCAGAGCAUCGUCCGACCUUCGGUGACAUAGUGGCAGACAUCGAAGACUACCUCUCUGAACUCAUGAAUUACUUCGAUCCGUUUACAUACUCUGGUAGAGAAACUCCACCUCCCGAUCCUUACACAGCAUGGCGCUUGAUGUCGAUCUCUGAGGAGGUGGAACACGAUGAAAAUGUCGAGAAAUCAGUAGAAGAAAACACACGAAUGAAAAACCAAUCAGACAUCGUUGCAUCGAAAAAGAAACCUCAACCGAAUGCAUCGGGUGGUGGUCAUGGUGGUAGCAAGUCGACCAUAGCACGGAUGGUUCUGAGUAUGACUAAGGGGGCGUCGCUUGGGAUGGUUCGACGAAGUAGCAGCAAUGCUCUGUUUGUGGAUGCUCAUAAUGCCACGAACGUGAUAGACAACAGAAGCAAACGAGAGGUAUCCGUGUGAGUAAGACGACCGUUUUAGUUACGAGUCAUCCCACUGCAGUUUUGGAUCGUAUUGUCGACUACGUGACAGUCGAUCGUGUCUAGAGAUUUCCUCAAAAAUCACAUUUUUGAUUAUGCAAUGUCAUGACUGGUAGUACAGUUGAUUAUGUCAAUACCAAGUGAGUCAAGAUUUCUGAUGAUAUUUUAAUUAAUUAUUUCAUUUGUUGUGAAUGUAUUGUACUGUGACCCAGUAGACUCGGCCAAUAC